AUGGAACAGGAUAGAACUGACCAUGUUGAGGGGAACAGACUAAGUCCAUUCCUGAUACCACCUCCUUCUCACAUUUGCCAGACAGAAUCAUUGGCAGUGAAGCUACAGAAUGGAAGUCCAUUAACAGAGAGACCUCAUCCAGAAGUAAAUGGUGAAAAUAAGUGGCUGUCAUUCAAGAGCAAUUAUGGAAUGCCCCCAACAAAGGGAAGUCAGAACAACUUUAUCAGUCCCAAUUUCAAGCAUGAAGAUAGAGAGUAUCCCAAAUGUAUGCAAAAUGGGGGAAUAAAACGGACAUCUAGUGAACCUUCUCUCUUCGGAUUCCAUCAGAACAAGAAAGUGAAGCAGGAUCAAGAUGUUAAUGGACAAAGAGAUGACUUCAGGGGAAAACAAGAAGGAAAUAGCGAAGGUGAAAGCAGCAGUCAACCAAAUGUCUCCAAUUCAUGGAACAAGGUGCCAGUGAACUUUACAGUUCAGGAAGAAUCCGCCUCAGAUUUCCCCUGCUCUGCUGGGCAUAAUUGCAGCAGGUCUGAAAACGCGGAACUUCAAAAUCAAAACGAGCAAGAGAAGAAAAAUGCUGGUUACUCGAACAGGAACGUUGUAUCAUAUCUUACAAACCAGGCAAUGCCAAUGCCUAACGGUGCUACAGUUUCUGCCUCUUCAAUGGAAAACACACACAGUGAACUCCUGGAAAAAACGCUGUCUCCAUACUAUCCAGACCGUGUUUCCAUUGCAGCGCAGAACACCACAUCUCACAUGAACGCCAUUAAUAGUCAGGCUACUAAUGAGUUGUCCUAUGAGGUCACUCAUUCAUCCCAUACCUCAGGGCAGAUCAACUCCCCGCAGACCUCAAACUCGGAGCUGUCUCAAGUGACAGCUUCAGUGGUGCCUGAGGGCUGCCAUGCUGAUGACUCCGGUAUACCAGCCACAAUGCCAGGUAGUUAUCCCCUUCAGAAGCCAGAGCAACAGGUGCAGCAACAGAAAUCCAUUUUUGAGAUGUGCCCCUCUACGGUAGAGAACAGUAAUCACCAAGGAGACACAGAGCUGAUACCUCGUGAAGAAUUCUGCCUGGGUUCCAGCAACAAUCUGCAAAUUUCCAGUGGUGCUCCCGAUGGAUAUUCAAAGCAGACUGAAAUGAGUGCAGCUUACCCAAAGCCAAACUCUGUGUUUGCAAAGGAUUCCUUCACCGAUACACCUCCUCCACCACCACCCCAACCAUCUCCUCUUCCUUUUCUUCUUCCUCCUCCUCCUCCUCCCCAUCCAGUUCCUCAACCUCCCUCAGAAAUGGAAGGCACUCUGACUGAAGAGGUGACAGAAGAACCCCAUCACUACCCCAGCCAACGUAAAGAAAGUCUUCUAAGGGAAAUGAAGAAUGGGGAGCUGUCAGAGGGUCCUAUGUCCCAGAAUCCUGACCUAUCCACAUGUGCUACCAAAUCUUUGGUGUUUCCAGAGAAACCUCAGACUAACUGUGUCCACAGAAAUGAAAUGCCAACUUCCAUGGUGGCGUUGGCAGCUCCCUCAUGCUCUGAGGAAAGAAAACCAAUGGCUGAACAGCUUAAACAGCAACCAGAAGUCAUUGGAAGUGGUAGAGAUCUUCAACAACACUAUCAGAAGCCAAGUGGACAUAAAGAUCAGGAAGUACCAAAUGAGAAGGAAAGGAAAGAGACAAGAGAGGAUGUACUACAAACUCAGCCAUACCUGAAGCCAGGCUGGAUUGAGCUGACUUCCUCCCAUUUUCAUCAAGGAGAAUCUCACUCAAAGUCCAAGGAGGAACUACUGAGAAUGAUGCUUCAGUAUCAGCCCAAUAAAGUCGAUCAGAUGACCUCAAAACAAUAUGUCAGGGCCCCCAACAUAUCCAAAGGAAACCCGGGACACACUUAUAUCCAGAAAAUGGUGCAACAGGAUCAGAUGCCCCAGAUGUACCAAAUGGAGAAUGCACAGGGGCAGUCUCAGGCCCCCGUGGACCAGCAGUUCCAGUUCCAAAAGCCUUCACCCCAAAUGCCCCGCCCCAAGAGAGAAUCACCACACCAAACCCAUAUGCAGGCACACUGCAUGCCCAAAUUUCAUUUUCAGGCAAAACCAGAUCACCAAGCUGAGAAAGCCUUGGGCCCACCACUGAAACAGCAGCACUUGAACCCUCAGGCUGCAGAGACUGAGCCAUUCUUACCCUCCCACCUCCCGCAGCCUUCCCUGCAGAAACAGGCAGCACAAACAAAAUUGCCUCUGAACAUGCCUCUCACUCUGAACCAUCAGCAGCAAAAACUAGCAGGGAAGAGUAAAGAAGCAGGGCCCCAGACUUUUCCUCAUCCACACAGCAGCAACGAACAACACCUAGAGAGGUCCUCCUUUGGCCAGAUAAAAAGGGAGGAAUGCCUUCAUUCUGAAAGUCGGUAUAGCAAGUCAACCGAGUUCUUGCCUCAUCAUACACACGUGGGGCUAGAGCAGGUUAACAAUAGCAAUAGCAGAAACCCUUCUUGCAGCCAGAUGCUGAAAUCCAACAUAAAUAAUAUGCAACUUUCAUGCCAAAACAAUGUGCACUUGGCUUCAGAGAGGAAGGAAAAUGCCAUCAAUUCUGAAUUUUUCAUAGGAAACGAAACACAAGCCUUGCAACACAUGCAAUACUUUCCAAAUAAUGCAACUCCAAAGCCAAGUGUGUCUCAUGGGUGCUUUCAAGAACAGGGACAUAACCUACAGCAAAGGUCUCCCCAUCAACAGUUACCACUCCAGCCACCACAGGGAUAUCACAGUAAGAACCAAGACUUGCCUGGUAAGCAAGCAAGCCGGGACCUUCAGCAAAGGUACUCAUUGCAUCACCAAACAGCUGCCCCACUUGCACCAGAACAGAGGGGAAGCCACAUCCAGUCGCCCCCACAGAAGGACUUCCAAAAGCAUGCAGCCCUCCGGUGGCAUCUCCUGCAGAGGCAAGAACAGCAACAAUCCCAGCAAGCCAAGGCUGAGGCUUGCCACAGGCACAUGCUCAAGUCAAUUAAGGUGGAAGCCGGAGCUAAGUCUAAUGCCUGUAUGCGCUCCUUGGCAGGACUGCCGGAGAACAGAGGAUGGAAGAAAACUUCGAAGCAGGAAGUUCAACACUUGGGGUGCGAUCAGUCCCAACAAAAGAGCAUCAUCGAGACCAUGGAACAACAGCUGAAACAGAUUCAGGUCAAGUCCUUAUUUGAUCACAAGGCCCUUACUAUCAGGUCACAGAAACACGUGAAGGUGGAAAUGGCAGGGCCGGUCACUGUGUUAACGAGAAAUACCAGUGCUUCGGAACUCAAUGGGCAUACCCCAACACCAGAACAGCAGGCAACUUCUUCCUCAGAAAAAACACCCACAAAAAGAACAGCUGGUUCUGUUCUCACUCAUUUUUUAGAGUCACCUUCCAAGUUACUAGAUACACCUAUAAAAAAUUUAUUGGAUACACCUGUCAAGACCCAAUAUGAUUUCCCAUCAUGCAGUUGUGUGGAGCAAAUUAUUGAAAAAGAUGAAGGUCCUUUUUAUACCCAUCUAGGAGCAGGUCCUAAUGUGGCAGCUAUUAGAGAAAUCAUGGAAGAAAGGUUUGGACAAAAGGGUAAAGCUAUUAGGAUUGAAAGAGUCAUCUAUACUGGUAAAGAAGGCAAGAGUUCUCAGGGAUGCCCUAUUGCCAAAUGGGUAGUUCGCAGAAGCUGCAAUGAAGAAAAGCUCCUGUGUUUGGUGCGGGAGCGAGCCGGCCACACCUGUGAAGCGGCUGUUAUCGUGAUCCUCAUCCUGGUCUGGGAGGGAAUCCCCCUUUCCCUUGCUGACCAACUGUACUCGGAACUCACCGAAACGCUAAGGAAAUACGGCACUCUCACCAAUCGGCGAUGUGCGCUGAAUGAAGAACGAACCUGUGCAUGUCAGGGGCUGGACCCAGAAACCUGUGGUGCUUCUUUUUCUUUUGGCUGCUCGUGGAGUAUGUACUACAAUGGAUGUAAGUUUGCCAGAAGCAAGAUUCCAAGGAAAUUUAAGCUGCUUGGGGAUGAUCCAAAAGAGGAAGAGAAAUUGGAAUCCCAUUUGCAAAACCUAUCCACUCUUAUGGCACCUACAUAUAAGAAACUUGCACCCGAUGCAUAUAAUAAUCAGAUUGAAUAUGAACACAGAGCCCCGGAAUGUCGUUUGGGUUUAAAGGAAGGUCGCCCAUUCUCUGGUGUCACUGCUUGCCUGGAUUUCUGUGCCCACGCCCACAGAGACUUGCACAACAUGCAAAAUGGCAGUACACUGGUAUGCACGCUCACCAGAGAAGACAAUCGGGAGGUUGGUAGAACCCCUGAGGAUGAGCAGCUCCAUGUUCUGCCCUUGUACAAAGUCUCCAACAUGGAUGAAUUUGGAAGUGUGGAAGCCCAGGAGGAAAAGAAGAGGAAUGGGGCCAUUCAGGUGCUUAGUUCCUUUCGCCGCAAAGUCAGAAUGUUGGCUGAGCCUGCCAAGACGUGCCGGCAGAGGAAAUUGGAAGCCAAGAAAGCUGUAGCUGAAAGGCUCUCCUCCUUGGAGGCCAGCUCAAACAAGAAUGAAAAAGAGAAGUCAGCUUCUGGACGUCAAAAGCAGGCUAGCUCGGAGACAGCAAACCAUGCUAAACAGUUGGCAGAGCUUUUACGACUUUCAGGACCAUCAGUGCAACAACAGCAACAGCAGCCACAACAGCAGCAUCCCCUGACGAAUACCCCUCAGUCAUCUUCUGUCAAUUCUUAUGCUACUUCAGGUCCCCCGAAUCUGUAUAUGAGACGACCCAACCCAGUCAGUCCUUAUUCCAGCUCUUCCCACCCUUCAGACCUUUAUAGCGGGGCCAACCCUAUGAAUCUCUAUACCAACUCCUCCCAGGCUGCAGGCUCUUAUUUGAAUUCUUCCAAUCCCAUGAACCCCUAUGCAGGGGCUCUGAAUCAGAAUAAUCAAUAUCCACCUUACCAAUGCAAUGGAAACAUGCCUCUGGACAACUGCUCUGCCUAUUUGGGUUCCUACCCUUCCCAAUCCCAACCAAUGGAUCUAUACAGGUAUCAGAGCCAGGACCCUCUAUCAAAGCUAAAUCUCCCACCUAUUCAUACACUAUACCAGCAGAGAUUUGGAAAUAGCCAGAGUUUUGGUCCCAAGUACUUGAAUUAUGGAAACCAGAAUAUUCAGGUGGAUCCUUAUAGUAGCUGUACCAUUAGACCCAACGUACACCACGUAGGGUCUUUUCCUCCUUACUCCAUGCACGAUAUCGAUGGCCACUUCAUGGACUCUGCCUCAAGGUUACCACCCAAUCUGAACAAUCCAAACUUAGAUUACCCGUCUAGGAAUAAGAAUGGUGAACAUCAUCCACCUCCCCACUUAGUUCCUGACUACCACACUGCUUCAGGUAUCUUCGGUAGCCCUCCUCACUCCUUCCAUCUCCCAAACAAAGAACGCGAGAUGCUUUCCCACACAGCUAAUGGGUUGUCUAAGAUGCUUUCGGGUUUUAACCAUGAUAGGACUACUCCUGCUCAAGGUGGCUUAAGCAAAUUAAAUGAUGCUAAUCAUUUGGAAAAGCAGCUACACAUCCCCGGCCAGGGUUCAGCCUCUGCCACAGAGGACAACGAUGACGUCUGGUCAGACAGCGAGCACAGCUUUCUGGAUCCCGAUAUCGGUGGCGUGGCGGUGGCUCCGACUCAUGGGUCGAUUCUCAUUGAAUGUGCGAAGCGUGAGCUCCAUGCGACCACCCCCUUAAAAAAUCCCAACAGAAACCACCCCACCAGGAUAUCCCUUGUGUUCUACCAGCAUAAAAGCAUGAAUGAACCCAAACAUGGGCUGGCUCUUUGGGAAGCCAAAAUGGCGGAGAAAGCCCGGGAGAAGGAGGAAGAGUGUGAAAAGUAUGGCCCAGAUUACGUGCCUCAGAAAACCUACGGUAAAAAAACAAAACGGGAGCCUGUUGAGCCUCAUGAACCUUCAGAACCAACUUAUUUGCGCUUCAUCAAGUCUCUUACCCAAAGGACAAUGUCCAUCACCACAAACUCCACAGUAACUACAUCUCCAUAUGCCUUUACACGGGUCACAGGGCCUUAUAACAGAUAUAUAUGAUGUCACACCCUCUGUUGGUUACCUCAUUCAUAAAGAUGACCACCAACUGGUCAGUGGGAGAGUUCUCAUUUUGGGAGGCGGCAGGGGGGAGCGGGAAAGGGGAACAAAUAUCCUAUUUAUGUUCAACAUGGUGGAAUGACCUCAGCACACCAGCAAAAAAAAAAAAAAAAAAAAAAGAGGUAAUCUUACCAUGGUACUUAAUUUCCACCGACUAGUCAUAAGUGGUCACAGGUGGUAGGUAGGAAACGAGACCAAAGCAUUCUAUGCAAAAAAAAAAAAAAAAAAAAAAGAGGAGGGAGGGAUGGAAGUGUUUCAUAAUUCACAUUUUGAAAACACAGGUUCUAUUAUUGGAUGAGAUAAUAUGUAAAUGUGAAUUUUCCUUACAACUCUGCACAUCUGUGACCACUUUUAAUAAUAUCAAGAUUGCAUAGUCAUGGAACAGGAGUCAAACAAGUACUAUAGUGUUACAGUAGGAAUCAUAAAAUACCAUCUGGUGCUGAAUAUAUGAUGUACUGAAAUACUGGAAUUAUGGGUUCUUAACAUGCAGUUUUUUUUUACUGUAAUCUUAAUAUUAACUUUUAUUUAUCAAAACAGAUAACGUAGAAACAAGAAAACAACUAGAUGGCAAACACUGAAUUUGUUUGGAAAUCCUAAAAUAUGGUGCUAAGAAAAUGGUGUCUUUUGAUAGAGAAGUUGAACAUUUAAUGCCUUCCUAAUAGUCCAAAUGUUAACAGUGUACUCAAAUGCCUCUGAAUAACACGGGCAUCUUUUCAUCCAAGUUUUUAUCCAAGUUAAUGUAUUCUUACACAAGCUUUUAAAAAAAGUGGAAAUU